AUGAGGCUUUUUGCAAGCAUGAAAGGGACUUCAGAUCAUUCCCUUCCCCUUGGCCGCACGACAAAAAUUUGGGCAUUCCUGCCUCUCAACCGCUGCAAGUCUGAAACCAUUCUUUGCCGUUCCAAAACCCAAGCCUCCGCCCAUCCCACUCUGCUUCACAGGGAAGAAGGCUUCAUUGGCGUCGACGUCGAGGUACGGAGGCCAGCUGGAGUGUACGGAGGCUCGCGUGGAUUUGGCACAGAGGCGCUACACGCGUGCGGACGCAACAUGCGCGAGGAGGAGGCCUGGCUCUGCUGCGGCGGUGGAGGCUGAAUGCUGCUAGGGUUUGCUGAUUUCUGGUUUAGGCUAGUUGGGCUAGGGUAUUGGGCUUAGGCUAAUCGGGUUUAGGCUAGUGGGUUAAUUGGGUUUGGUGGGUGUUUUGUAAUCUGGACAUUGGACUUUUAGUAUUUUUGUUUUUAUUAUUUAUAUUGGGCCGGGCAAUAUUGGGCCAUUACAAAAUCUAUGUAUAGUCAUAGCCUUACCCUGCAACUUGACCAUCAACAAAUCAUGGCCCCCGAUAAUUAACAAUGGAUAAAUUCAAGGACUUCACGAUUUGGUUCC